AUUGCGGUUUUGAGCCUCUCGAACACGGCCAUUGGUAACCAAUCGGCGUAGCAGCAGAUACACAAGUCAUUACCAAACAACUUCUGGACGCUAACUAUAGUGAUAAUAUCCACUGAAACUUGAAUUUAACUUGGUAACGUGAACGAAUAGGUGGCUUUCUAUCUAGAUAUCUGUACCCACGACACCGAAGAUUUGUUUGAAAACGCAAGGAGGCAAGGGGGGCGGCUAGAUACAUCACCCCACUCUACCUCCUGAUCUGUGGAAACAAUGGCUAGUGCUGCCCCUCCACCAUCCGCUGUCUCGACCGCCACUGAGAACCCCAGCAGCUCGAGUGCUGCUGGGGAGGGUGGCAAUCAGGACAGCGCCUUCGAAUGCAACAUCUGCCUGGACACCUCCAAGGAUGCGGUGAUCAGUCUGUGUGGGCAUCUCUUUUGUUGGCCCUGUUUACAUCAGUGGUUAGAGACCAGACCUAACAGACAAGUGUGUCCAGUGUGCAAGGCAGGCAUCAGUCGAGACAAAGUCAUCCCACUAUAUGGCAGGGGGAGCACAAGCCAGCAGGACCCACGGGAGCGAACUCCUCCUCGACCACAAGGACAGAGGCCAGAGCCUGAAAAUCGUGGAUUUCAGAGGUUCGGCUUUGGAGAUGGAGGAUUCCAGAUGUCUUUUGGCAUUGGUGCCUUUCCAUUUGGCAUUUUCUCUACAGCUUUUAACAUCAAUGAUGGAAGACCACACCCAGCUGCCCCUGGGACCCCCCAGCACAUGGAUGAACAGUUCUUGUCCCAACUCUUUCUAUUUGUGGCUCUGGUGAUUGUGUUUUGGUUACUAAUCGCAUAAAUGUCUGGGUGGCCAGGACUAAGGCUCAAGUUGGACAGUUCUUAAUACUCUGUUUCCAGAUACUUGUACUUUUCCACAUUCUAAGUAUUGUCCUCUUGACUUGGCUAGCUGUUGGUUUAUUUUCGGUAAUUAAGAUUAAACUGUUUGAUUACAUCUGUACUAUGAAUCCUACAGAAGUCUUAAAAUGGCCCUACCUCUUCAUUUCCAUCAAUGUUGUGUUUUUUAAUAGACAUUAAGUUUCCUUGGUUGGCAAUAUAGAACCAGAUUUUAAAAGAAAAAAUGGCGAAUCAGUAAAUGUAAGGUAUCGGAUAUACUCUGUGUUUGUAUGGAUGUAGAUUAGGAGCAGUAUGUCCUGUUUCUGAACUGAAUCUAUCAAUUCAGGAAGAGAUGUAUUAUUGGUGAUAGACUUUUAAAUUGUUGACACAAUUGCCUUUUGAGUACCAUUACCAGUAUGCAGCCAUAUUAACAAUACAGUAAGUAGUACAUUGUGUGGUGUCAGCAAGGGAAUAGUCCAAAAGAGCAGUAUUGAUAUGGGUUUAGUUAUUGAAUGACAUUAGCUGGUAUGUCCUCAGUUGCCAUAGGAGUUAUUUUGUUAAGACUAUUUCUCAUGUUUCAGAAAAUUAGGUUACAAUUUUAAGGAGCUAUUUUUGGUUAAAUGAUACUGUCAUUAUCUGCCACAAGUAAGACUAUUUUAGUACAAAUGGAAAUGUAGAAUUCUAAUGCAUAUGCUUAUAAAAUAAAGAACUUGGGGGGAUGUGCAGAAGGUAUAAAAGAUUGAUUUCUUCAACCUGACAACUAUCAAGAUGAAUGUCAUGAGUAACAAAAGCUGUUAUUUUUGAUAGUGUUCUCCCUCACUAAUUGAUUUUGUUUACUUCACAACUUAAUCACUAAUAAAUGUAUUAUUAAAACAGCAUAA